CUGCCCUUUUAUGUUGACAUCGACAAGUUGGGGUAUAUAAAUUCAAACCAACGGCUUGGCGUCGGCGGCGGCGGCGGUGGCGGUUGAGCACCAUACGAACGAGCGCCGGGGCUAUGAGGACCAUGGAAUGGGCGGCCAGGAGAGAUCACCUCAGCGGAAUACCCCGAAAGAUUAUAUUCAAUGCGGUCGGAGCGUUCGCCAAAGUGGUGGCUAAUUUCCUCAAUACCACAACCGUCUACAACCUCGAAACCCUCCUUCGGCUAGCCCGACACCGUCCGCCGCACGUUCCUCUUCUCACAGUCAGCAAUCACAUGUCCACGUUGGAUGACCCAGUAAUGUGGGGGAUGAAGGGUUUCCCUGUGACUGAUGCAGAAUUGGGGAGAUGGGUGCUUGCUGCUGAGGACAUAUGCUUUAAGAAUCCAGUGUUGUCAUAUCUUUUCAGACUUGUGUUCACAGGGAAGUGCAUUCCCAUAACAAGGGGAGGUGGAAUCUAUCAGGAGCACAUGAAUGAAGCCCUCGACCGCUUGAUCGAUGGAGCUUGGCUGCAUACCUUUCCAGAGGGGAAAGUAUGUCAAGAAGAUGCACCUAUUCGGCGGUUGAAAUGGGGAACUGCUAGUCUGAUUACACGUGCCCCUGUAACUCCAAUAGUUCUACCGAUAGUUCACCGAGGUUUCGAACAGGUUCUCCCCGAGAAUUAUAUGUUUGGAAGGCGUCCGCUUGUUCCAUUGUGGAACAAAGACAUAAGAAUCGUCAUUGGAGAGCCAAUGGUAUUCAACAUCCCUAAUCUGAAGCAGCAGGCUGAGCAGAUGUCAAGGGAGAAGGAUACAGUGCUCCAUCAUCAUGGAUGGCCCGAGACACACUGUGGAAUGAACGAGGCUGUGCAACAAUGCCUUUACACUAUCAUAUCCGAGCAAUUGCGAGAGGCUAUGCAGAAGCUUUGUAAUGUCUGCAAAUCGAGUUUCAGAACAAACUGAUACUUGAGAAUGAUUUUUUUUUGGAAAGAAUUGAGAAGCAUCCUAACAGGUAAUAUGUUUUUUGUUUAGUUGGAUUCAUUUUUCAAUUUGAGAGUGUUUUGAUCUUAGUGAAGAUAUGAUAUGCAUUGAGAUAGGUGGGAAGAAAUCCUUUCCUCAAGUCAUAUUUUUUUGGUUUAUGCAGACAUUAGAUAGAAAAAUAAGCAUGAAAUUUGGUAACACAGUCUGUACUGGCAGCGAAUGUAUUUUGGAUUCUGUAUUAGCUUCCAACUUUGUCAUAUAUAAUAUUGACUCUUGAU